UUUAUGAGAAAGACGACGAAGAAGAGGCGUAACGAAGGCAAGCACAAACGCAAUGGAUCCAGCCUGGGAAGUGGCGGUAUUCCGGCGACAAAAUAGACCAGCCAAGGAUCUCCCUCGCAAGGUCACAGUGAGCGGCAAUCCAUCGGACACGCGCCGGUGGUGGAGUCACGAGCUACCCUGGAUAGUGGUGGCACUGGCCACAGUGCUCGUGCUACUCGUGCUCACCCUGUACAGCCUGAUGCCGACUCGAUCCGCGCGAUUCAUCGUCUUGACAGGAGACGACUGGCGUCGAAACCCUUCGGCAAUGUCGGCUUGGCAACAGAAAGACCACCGCACCGCAGACGCCAACCUCUCGUGAAGCGCAGUGUUCUUUCGUUUCCUGGUACACCACAGCCAAGCGGGCCAUCUGCAGCGGAUCGGCAGGUGCCGUCGCUUUAGGCACCGUAUCGACUCGUUUUCUACUUAACUCUGGCGUGACGGAAAUACAAGAGCCGUCCAUCGGAAACAAACACAGCAACCAGUUUCUUUUUUGUAAUCUAUAGCCCAUGCUACCUUCCUUGUUGGCAUUGCGGGAAGUAGCAGCUGCGCGGAAUUUCGCUGUGCCGAAGCUUCACACACACGACUUUUGCAUGAAGUCAUCAGCAGAAAUAUGAUAUAGAAAUUACUCUGUGCAAAUGUAAGUUUACAAGUGCGUGACUAAGCAAUAAAAGGCUAACCCAAAUUUUUUAAAACGUU